GAGAAGAAGAAGAAAUCAGACGGAAAUGACGUAUUUGACCAGGUCUGGUGCGAAAAAAGAAACCCACAGCCUGAGUAAUUCGCAGGUCUUGUCCAUAAAGAAAUUUGAGACUCCAAGCAACAAACUGGAUGGUUAUGGAAAGCGAUGGAUAACUCUGCUGCAAAUAAGAACCACAUACAGUGUUCGACAUGGCUGGACCACAGUGGCUGGUCCACAGCUGCGUCUCAGGGACUCCCCAUGAACCUGAACUCUCAAACGCACAGUCUGGGUUCUGAUCAGCGGUCGUUGUUUGGCCACCUGGAGACGGCCGGCCAGAGCUCCAUGAGCAACCCGAACAGAAACAACAGCCUGUUUAAGUCUGCCAACCUGAACAGCAUUUUUUCAUCCAGCUCGCUCUUUCAUACCUCCGCCAACACCGGCGCUCCUCAGGCUAUGAACUUCGCUCCGCAAACCUCUUACACGCCUUCGGGUUUGCCGGCGACCAACCAAGCGAAAAUGAUUCCCGCGGCGGGUCUUCCCCAGCAAAACCAGGGUCCGCCGGCCUGUGCGGUCCAGGGUUUACCCGCCCAGCAAGCCAAUUACAAAAUGUUUCAAACUCAGAUGCCUGGGCAUGGCUUGUCACACGGGCUUCAGAAUCACUCCUUUGGCGUUUCGUCGUGUGGAUCAAACGUUAGCGGGUCUCAAGCGGCAUUUGGAGGACAAAAUAACGCCGGCAGAUACCCAAACACCUUUACUUCACCCACCUCCACGGAACAGCAGCAGUGGGUGCCUUCAUCCAGCGGUGGGAGAGCGAUCUCAGAUGUAGCCGGUCGUGUCAACAAAGAUCCAUCGCGGGAAAAAAGUUGUGCUCCUCUGACCGAAGCCGACGUAAAACGUUCCUCGAUUUUAAACCAGCGCGCAGAGCUGCUCAAACAACUGGAAAACAUCGACAAACUUCUUGAAACAAUGCCGUCAGAUCAGAGCGAGGAGGAGGAGCCUUCACACAACGAUGUUCAGGAAAUGGAUAAAAGUUGCAGUGAGUCAGAGGCUGAUGCUGACGCCGAUGUUGAUGCUGAUGCUGACGGUGACGCCGAGUCCGAUUAUGUGCCUCAGAGUGAAGUCAGUUUUUCAAGCUCCCAUUCUGAGGACGACGCCGUCCCCGAGGACCAAGUCAGUCACAGCGAUCCGUCGAGUCCUAUGAAUGACACGAUUAAACAAGAGGAAAAUUCAGAUGACAGUUUGUCCGAGGAAGAAAAUCCCUCCUCUCCACAAAACACGGUUGAGAAUAUAAAGGAGAAGAAGACUGGGAAGGUGGAGGUCCAAGUGGUCAAACCGAAGGAAGGCCGCUGUUACAGCAAACUAAAUUACUGCCUGUUUUGUGCGCGACCGCUGACCAAGAUGGCCAGGCAUCUCACCAGGGUGCACAGCGACAGGGUGGAGGUCGCCGUUGCGUUUCAGCAUCCUGCAAACUCCAAGGAAAGGAAAGACAUCUGGCAGAAGCUGAUAAACGAAGGGAACUUCAAACACAACAGGGACGUCCUACAAACGGGGAAGGGCCAACUAGCCGUACGGAUGAGGCGCAGCCUUCCCAGCAAACCCAUAGACUUCGUCCACUGCAUUUACUGUCACGGUCUCUUCAGGAAGAAAUCCAUGUUCAUCCACAUGAAGAGGUGCAGAGAGAAGGACAAGAAGGGAAGCAACCCAAAGGAGGGGCGGAAGCGGAUCGUGUCGCGGUGCGCGCUUCUGACUAAGAACUGCGACGGCCUCAGUGAGGGUUUUAAGAACCUCCUCAGCGCCAUGGUGUAUGACGAAGUGUCGGAGACUGUCAUGGGAGACUCGAUCAUGCUGCAGUUUGGAGAGCAGAUUUUUAACGAGCACAGCAGCGACGGCAAGAGGCACGAAUACGUGAGGCAAACCCUUCGGCACGUGGCCAGACUCCUGCUGGAGGCCCAGAAGUCGACCCCCCUGCAGAGUUUGGAGGAUUUCUUCAAGCCCUCCAACUUCAAACACGUGGUGUCCGCCGUGAAGGUGCUGACGGGGUACGACCCCGAGAAGAAGACCUACGCCAGGGCGUCGCUCGCCCUCAAGCUCGGCUACCACCUGAAGAAGAUCUGCGGCAUCAUUGAGAGCAACGCCCAGAGCUACGGCGACACUAAAGCGGCGGAGUGCUGCAAGAUCUUCCUCUCCGUGUACAACAGAAGGUGGACCAGGUGCAUCACCUCCUGCGCGCUGUCAAACAUCAAGGACACGCAGAGGAAGAAGGCGAAGGAGGUGCCGUCCGUCCAGGACGUGAAGCGUCUGCACUACCACCUGGAAAAGUUUCACCGGGCGGCCGAGGAGAAGCUCCGCGAGAACGUUUGCUCGGAGAACUACACCGCUCUGGCCAGGGCGGUCCUGGCUCGCACGAUUCUUUUCAACAGGAGACUUCCCGGCGAGGUGGCGUCUAUUACCGUGGCGGAUUUCAAGGCUCGGGUGCUCUCAGACGUGUGCGAUGACAUGGACGUAUCCAUCUCAGAGCUGGAAAGGAAACUGUGCGGUCUGUUCAAGCGGAUUAACAUCAGAGGGAGCUGCGGGAGAACGGUCCCCAUCAUCCUGAAGCCCUCGCUCGAGUCCUCCAUGGAGCUUCUGGUGGAUGUUCGGGAAGCGUGCGGGGUCGUCGGCGACAACCCGUACGUGUUUGCGCGACAGCUGGCGAUGACUCCACAGAAAGGGUCGCAAUGCCUUCAGCUGCACGCCAAAAAGUGUGGAGCUGAGGACCCCGCUGGCCUCAACGUGCUAAAGAUCCGGAAGCAUUUUACGACGUUGCUUCAGCUGAUUAACCUGGACGAGGAAGAGGUCAGACAGAUUUUGGGGCCCAGUAGUGACAUCAAAGAGCUGCGACAGAUCAACGACACGAUGUGCGACGAUAGCAUCAUGGAGUCUGAAGGACCGCUGAAAUUGUAUCAACAACGCAGAGGAGCGAAUGGCUGCAGUACGGCUGACGCAGGCAAGAAGUUGAGGAAAGAAGCACUACACAGCAAGGCCAAACUCGCAUGGAGCGACGCAGAGGUUCAUGCCGUAGAAAAACACUUGAUGAGUUUCAUCAAGAACCACAAGAUCCCUCAGAAAGACGACUGUGUUGGGUGCCUCGAGGCCGAGCCGCGUGCGCUGAGGAAACGCUCGUGGAAAGGUGUGAAGGACUACGUCCGAAACCGGAUCACAACCCUGCAGAGACAGGCCGGCUCUUUCAAGAAAUCAUCGAAAAGCGGCACCGGCACCAGGAAGGCCAAACCGAAGCAGAGUUCUGCAAUGUCAAAACCUUCAGAUGGAGGAAAGGAACCCAGAGAGAAACCCGGUACAGGUCCAGGUCCAGGUCCAGGUCCAGGUCCAGGUCCAGGUCCAGGUCCAGGUCCAGGUCCAGGUCCCAGUUCAAAAUCGGGUCCUUCAAAGUCCCAAAAAGGAAAAGCACGCUCAGACUUGCGGCACAAACCCAAGCCUAAAUGGGACGAAGCGGAGGUUCGCGCUGUUGAGAAACAUCUGAUGCGGUUUAUCGAGGAGCACAAGCUGCCCCACAAAGACGACUGUGUCCGGUGUCUGGAGGCGGAGCCGCAGGCGCUGAGGAACCGGUCCUGGAAAGGUGUAAAAGAUUACGUCAGGAACCGGAUCACAGCUCUGCAAAGACAAGGAGUGUUUUUCAAAGAUUCAUCAAAACCCAAGAGCCGCUCCAAACAGGAGACGUCCCAGAGCUCUGGGAGGUUCCGGUCUCCAACUGAACAACAAACCGUUCCAGAGCUUCUCAGCGUAAUCUCCAGUUGCAGCUUUGGUCCAUCAAAUCUUUAUCAACCUCAGACCUAUGCAGCAACCACCAGCUGCGACAUGCGUUCCCCUCCCAAGUCUGGCAGGUCAAAAGGAAAAGCCUCUGCAGGUCCGCACAUAAAAUCCAAACACACGUGGAACGAAGCGGAGGUCGCUGCCGUGGAGAAACACCUGAUGAGUUUCAUCACAAAGCAGAAGCUGCCUCAGAAAGACGACUGCGUUCAGUGCCUGAACGCUGAGCCGCACGCUCUCAGGAACCGCUCUUGGAAGGGUGUAAAGGACUACGUCAGGAACAGGAUCACGACGCUACAACGACAGAGCGGCGCUCUAAAGACGCCUUCAAAGAGCAGCAAGUCCAGGAAGGACAAACCACAGCAGAGCGUCGGACGUUACCACCAGUUGUAGCCGGUCUUUAGUCUCCAAGUCGACAUUCUUUGAACAUGUCUCCACGUUCCUUUCUUGCUUACAUAUGUACCUCUGUUGAUGUUUGUGUCUUCUGUGUCUAAGUCACCACAGCUUGUUUGAUAGCUUUAAUUAGGAUGUCUAGAAAAAUCUUUUGAUCCCGCGACUUUUCUUUUUCACCUCUGCUAUGACUGGAUGACCUCCUCAGCAUGUCAUCAAGGUCUGCGCUUAAUGCGUCUGUUCUGAUUUCUGCAGAGGCCUGGGAUUAAGUCGUUCAUUCGAGUCAGAUGUGUUGCUCUAAAAGUUGGAGAAUACCGUACCUUUCGAGGACCGUAGUUAGAAAAGCUUGGGUUUAAUUUUUUAUUUUUUUUUUAUUAGAAAUCCCAGAUGUUUUUUUAAUUUAUCAUUUUACUAGAUUAUUUGACAAAGUGCAUUUGUUCUGUAUGUAUAUAGUAAUUUCUAUGUCAAAACUUUUAGGUUUUUCAUAAACGACAUUUUCAGGCGG